GAACUUCCUGAAACAAUAAUUCAUAAAACUGUAUGAACGGUUUUAUAAGAAGAUUUUUAUUUACAUCGCAUUAUUCCCAAUAUUACAAAACAACCACAGAUGAAUAUAUAUAUACUAGAAAACAACUGUAAUAAUAAGGACACGGUUUCGAAACACGUCACGACAAGACGAGCGGUCUGUUGUCGGGCGAAUAUCUAUUCACAAACGCCGUUCGCUGUCCGUCUGUGUAUUUAUGAAUUAUUAUACAUAAAUAAAAUAUACAGGGACCUGAUCUGUGGUUGUUUUGUACGGGCUACGCCCCAUACGUUUUAUAACGGUUUUUGCUUUCGUUAAAAGAGGAUGCUUAGUAAGCUGAAUUUGUAUAAUUGAAGAAGCGCUUGAAGAAGUUGUAUUUUCAUUUAGACUAAUCUAUCCCACUAGGCAGCCAGUCAAACAUAUGAAAUCGUUUGGGUGCCUAGUGGGAACGCUUAUUCUGAAUGAAAAUACGACUUCUUCAUCCCACUAAUUUGGUUUUAAUGAAAUAUUUUUUUAGGUAUUUGGCGUCAGGACUUUCCUAUGAAGAUCUUCAUUUUAGUUAUCGAAUUGGCAAAUCAACCAUUUCCACCAUCGUAGUAGAAGUGACGCAAAGUAUAUGGAAUAAUUUAUAUGAAGAAUUUAUGCCACUUCCUAAUAAGGAAGAAGAGUGGUUAAAGAUAGCAAGUGGAUUUAAUGAAAAGGCCAAUUUCCCUCACUGCCUUGGAGCAGUUGACGGGAAGCAUAUUAGGCUUCGAAAGCCGUCAAAUAGUGGUUCAGUAUAUAUGAACUACAAAGAUUUCUUUUCAAUAGUGUUAUUAGCAGUCGUAGAUUCAGAUUAUCGAUUCGUUUACGUCAGUGUAGGUUCCUAUGGAAAAGAAUGCGACUCAUCAAUAUUUAAAGAGUCAAGUUUUUGGAAAAUGUUGACAGAAGGCCGUUUGAAUAUACCCGAACCAAGGCCUUUAUUUACAGAAUCAGAAGUUCAAGUUCCUUACGUAAUUAUUGGCGACGAGGGAUUUGGUUUACACACACAUUUAUUAAGACCUUUUGGUGGAACGCAUCUUGACAGAGGUAAACGAAUAUUUAAUUAUCGUUUAACCAGAGCGAGAAGAUACGUGGAAUGUGCGUUUGGCAUUCUAGCAAAUAAGUGGAGAAUUUUACAUAGACCCAUAGACCUUAAACGAGAAACAGCUAUUUCAGUAGUGAAAGCUUGUACUGUCCUCCACAAUUUGAUUAUAAAAAAGGAGGGAAUUGAAUUAGAAAAAGAAUUUAAUUUUGAAAAUUUACUACCCCAGGAAGUAUCACCGAGUGUCGGAACUGGCAAUUCAAUGAGAAAUGAAUUUAUGACCUACUUUCUAUCAGAAACUGGAUCAGUACCAUGGCAAGACAACAAAAUAUAGGCAGUAUAGAUUUGUAUUUAAAAUUUUCUCAAUAAAAACUUACC